UAAAGAAAAGCAAUAGAUAUGGAUCCAGUACGUUACAAAAGGUACCUCGUUGACGACGAAGCACCCGUUCCAGAAAGAACAAAGAGAAGACGUAAACGAAAGGACAUUUCUGAAGAUAUGGGUGAUGAUGAAGAAGCUGUGGCCUCUUCUUCUACAACUCAGUAUCUCACCCAAGAGGACAAUCAAGAUGACCCGGUGUCUACUGCUUCUGAUGACACAAUGAACCAACCCAUACCUGGCCCUAGCUCUUCACCUGGGGAGCCAGUAGAGGAACAUCUAGAAGACCCCACAAGUCCAACUUUAGACCAGAAACCAACAAAAGAACAGGUGGAACUCCUGCUGCUGGCAUUAAAACUCAAACAUGGAUUAACAAAUAGAGCCUUGGAGGACAUCAUGCAUCUUAUCAACUUUAUUGCUGGUCCUGGUGGGGAAUUGGUUAGUGGCUCAAAGUACCUUUUCUACAAAGCAUUUGAUUCAGUGAAAGACAUAUUAGAAGUACAUUAUGUGUGCAAGAGUUGCAAGGUAAGCAUGCAGGAAGGUCCCUUUAAUGUCAAGUGCCCAGUCUGUGACCAGGACACAUCAAAAGCGCAUGCACAAAAAGACCAGUGUUUUUUGUACUUGCCACUAAAAUACCAAAUUAAAAAACUGCUUGAGGACCACCAAUUAGGGAAACACCUGAAACACCGCUUUGAGAAGAAGGAUGCCUCCAUCAAAGAUAUAUAUGAUGGACAUAUAAAAAACGAUCACCCCUUGCAUCACCAGACAGCAUAUCACUGACUUUCAACUGUGAUGGAGUGC